GAAAAGGUAUGGCGGUUCGGCAAAACGUGAAAAGUUUCUGCACCCGGCUCCACUGACCGCUAUGGGACGAUACAACCGUGUUCCGAGCUUCCCGGUUUCCUUUUCGCGUGACGGUAGUGCAUACCGAAGGGCCACCAGUCCCAGCAGCCCCCGUAUCCUAGUUUGCCUCGUGCGCACGGUGGAGUGAGUGAGAUAGCGUGGUUUUGCGAAAGCGGUGCCGCUGCUGCCCUCACGGUUUCUCUGGAUUUCCCGGAUUCCGCGGACCGUCUUCUAGUUCCCGGUCGCGAGUUAGCACUCCCCCCGCCCCCGCUGAUGAUAUGAACGCAAGGGGAUAACAAACCGGCAUCGAUAUUUACCACAAAACCAUCACCGAAACGAACGACAAGGAGUGCAUUCCGGCAAUCUGCCGGGAAAUCGCGCCUGAGCCAACUUUGUUGGCCCGCCGCUUGAGAAGCAAUAAUUGCGCUGGUGCAUCAUUAUGAGCGAAGAGGAACUUUUUUUUAGCGCCAUCGGCACUGAUAACGUGAAUCAUUUCGAUCUCAAUGUCAUCGCCAACACACUGGCCAGCACGGAUCGGCUGGUGCGCCAGAACAAGCAGCAGCGCGAGGAGAAUGACAAGCUGAAGGAGAAGAUCGUGGCUCUGCGCGAGUCGGCACUGCAGAUCAAAACCCUGUACGAGACGGAAUCGGCCAAGGUGGCACGGUACGAUGGCCAGAUCGAGUCGUACGCCAGCCAGCUCCGGGAGCUGGAACAACAGAAGCUGCACGCCGAAUCGGAGCGGCUAGUGGCGGAGGAUAGGCUGGAGAAGCUCCAGGCAAACACGGAGCGCCGGAUCGAACAGACCGCUCGCCGGUACCAUGCGAUCUGCUGCGACAUGGUUCGCCUGUGCCUGCCGCAACACUACACCAAUCAGCCACCGCCCGAGCUGAUGUCCAAGUCACGGGAUCUCGUGGAGCAUUUUGCGAACGCAGACAAGCAAGGACUACCGAUACAGGAUGAUGUACGGGAAUCGAUACAGCAGCUUGCCUUUAAGAACCGGAAAAGGAAAAAGCCGCAAGGCCGGAAAGAAUGCCACGAUAAGGAGUGUCAAAUCGGGCCGACCCUCGGUGCGAUGCGUGAGAAGGCCACCAACACCGAUCCCUACCCGGUUCGGCCGAUCGUUCAUCACUGUGCAACGGAUGUGGCCGAUCUUGAGCCGACACCGAUCGUCGUGCCGCCCGUGCAGAAGAAGACGGUUUGCGAUAAAAGCACGAUGCACGCCAUGACGACGAUCACACGUGCGACCAGCACGUCGGCGUUCAUCAAGCGGAUCGACUUCGGUAUGAACUUCCCCGAGGUGACCCACAAAUCCGUCGACGAGAUAUUGCGCGAGUGUGUCCCGCUGCCACCGUUGUUGCUCUCUCCGAUCAAGGAAAUCGUCCCACUGCGCAGCACCAUCGAAACGCAGACGGACACGGUAGGCGGCGCCUCGCGCCAACAGCCAUGCGUGGCCUCCUGUGGUACGAUGACGGCAUUGAAGAACAUUCGCAAACGGAUCGAUUAUCGGGCCUCAUCGCCGACGGAACCACUGGAGGGGCUACGUACUUUCAUCAAGAAGGAGGAACAUCCGGAUGACCGGGGAGCGGUGCAUCCGCACCUGUCCACGCUUUGUCGGUUGCUGGGUGAAACGAUCUACACGAUGAUGGAGACGGGCCGACGGUUCGAUAUGCAGCGGUACAACAUGCUGUACGAUCAGCUGACAAUCAUUCGCGCCAUGCUGGAGGAAGACGGUCGCCGUGAGUCGAUACUGAUGAGUGCAAUGUUCUCGAACGUCCGUGAUCCGGUUGUUGGAAGGGCGGCCGAAACCACUGGCUACCAUCGGAAGGAUAACAGGACGACUCCUUUCGCGGCCACCAAUCCUACCGCCGUCAAUCUCGGCUGCGUCACGUCGAAUGAUGAAGGCACGAGCAGUGACAGUAGUUGUGGGGAAGAGCUUUGCAGUGUCGUGGUGGCAGCAACUGUCCCACCGGAACCAAUCGUUCCGUCUGCGAUCCCAGAAGCGGAAGUGGAAGCUACGUCCAUUCCUACAAUCAUCACCAAAGAAACGCCACCGGUUGCCGUGGCUACUGCACCGCUAUCACAACCCGAAGCGAAACGAGUAGAGGAAGAUGAUGCUCAAAGCAUACCAACGGUGAAUGAACAAGAACCGAUAGCUGGCACAAAACAACCGGAACCAGAAUUAGUGACGUUGCUUUCAACUCCCUCGACCACCACCACCACAACAACCUCGCCGGUAGAGGAAGAUGCCAUGGAUGAUGAUCGGAUAGCGCAGGAACUGCGCCUCAUGGAGGAAGGCGAUGAUGUGGCCCUGGAAGCAACGGCAAAGGCUGAACAAAAACCAACUCCCUGCUCAACGGCGGCUGUCACUGAGACGCAGACGCGAUCAACGACACCACCUCGUUCUCCACCUUCUCCUCGUUCACCUCCUCGGACUAGCAGGAGCUCAACUUCAACGGCAACUUUCGUGUCACCGAUCAAGGUGAAGGAAACGAACGAACUGGUCAAGGAUCAGUUCAAGACGCCUACCGAACUGCCGAUCGGUAUGCGCAAAAAGUUACGCAUCCGUCGAUCAUCUGAUACGUCCAUCGGUGUUUCUCAUCCCUUUAAGCGACCACGGUUGGAAUCUUGCGCGUCCACUAGUGGCCGCUUAUCACCGACAUCGACGGACUUUCUGCUGGAGGAUGAUUGGGAUGCCAAGUUUUCCUUAAUGCGUGCUCAGCUGGCACCGAUGGGUGUUACGUUGUGUGGCUCGACUCCACUUUCGCCCAUUCACGAUCAAUCUUCAGAUGAGAUGGAAGAGGAAGAAGAAGGGGAAGAGGAGAAGAAUUCGUUAGAAACUGUACAGAGCGAUAUAAUCGAAGAAGAAGCCGUAGCAGUCGAUGUACCUUUGGAGAGCAGUAGGAAUGUAACGGGUGAAAGCGACGCAGGUACGAUCGUCGCAAUCGAAAGUCCUCCAGAGGCACCGGUUGCGCGAGAAGAAACACUCGAAUCCAUGAGUCCUGCUUCACCGGAUCCGCUUCCUGCCGAAGACGUCGAGAUGUCUGUCCAAGUAGAAGUCGCUGAGACAGUAAAACCAACGUCAAUCGUUUCUCCCGAGGAAGGCUUGCUUUCUCCAGAAUCACCGCCGCCACCAUGCUCAGUGGACCAAAAGUUAGUGGAAUUACACAUAGAGACCCAGUCGCCAGCAUCGCCCGAUCCCGAGCCAACGGAUUCCCCCCAGUCUCCUAUCCCUCUGGACGUACCUCUCGAGUCACCGCUUUCGCCACCGAUUUCCUCUACCUCAUCGGCUGACACCGAACCACCGGCUCCCCUGGUUAUACCUCUCAAGCACGAGGCCAGCCAAUUGCUGGGCAAACAAUUUGGCAAACAUGGCACAGGACCCCUCUUCCGUGCGAUCGGCGAGUACAGUAGAGAAUGCCGGCACGAGGUCAUCCGACGAAUGGCCGGAGAGUUGCAGCCCGAAGCCAAGAGUGCCAAGGAGGCGAUCGGUGAAGCGUUGCAACGGUACAUGGAGUCUUCCGAUUGGACGGAGGAUACCGUCCGCGAGACAAGCAAAGUGGUGCUUGAGCGAUGCCAAGAUGCCACGUUGAUCGCGCAAUCGAUACUCGAUCUUAUCGUCUCCCGUGGAGACAUCAUCACGAACAUGAACUUCACUCCACCAGCGCCACCGCUUCCGGCGACACAGCAAAAGCUGGUGCUGCUGGUACGUUGGAUCGGCCGGGAACUGCGCACGCUCGAUCGUGUCAUUCUGCAGGAUCUUAAUCGUCGUGUGUUCACGUUCAAAGCGGAAUCCGUACAUUUGGCCGGGCUGCUUGCACUGACCUACAUGUACGUUGCGCUCGAGGACAGCCGACCGGUGGAGCGGCGCAGGAUCAAUACGGCCCGGUUGUACAUUUUCAAGUGCCUGUACUACUUCGGAUUCAAGUGCAUCCCUCUGAUACACGCGGUACUGCGAGCGUUUCCGCUUGCGCUGCCCCGGAUGGGAAGCGCCAACUUCGACAACAGUGACACCCUCGUCAACACGAUCCGGACGGUGCUGAUGAACAUGAAGUACGGCGAUGAAACGAAAACCAAGGGUGGUACGUCGGCCUUCUACCGGAAGCGGGAUCUGUUCAAUCUGCUCAGCACACACUACGGUUACCAGCGGGGUAGCCCAUCGUACGACGAGCUACUGGUGAACCUGAUGGACAAACUGCGGGCCAACCGGCUGCGCAACGUAUCCUACUCGUUGAUCCUAGUCGCCAAGCGGAACGGGUUCGAGUGGGCCCGUAAGCACAUCAUCCAGAAUCGGCUUUAUCCGCUGCUGAACGAGUACUUGCGGCAGUUUGAGCAGAGCUGUAGGGUGGUAGCAGAGACGUCGUCGGCCGCCAGCUCGUCGAUGAUGGCCGCUGGGCUCGAUGAUCGGAUAGUGGCCUGUAUCUUCGCCGUAUCGUCCAUCCUCAAAACGCAACCGUCGGACGAGGACGUGACGGGAAUGAUGCAAAUCUUUACCACCAUCGUGCAGCUGGCGCACCGGCAUCCGAUGAUACAGGAGGCAGCGAUCGCGGGACUGAUGCGGUUUUCCCGCUUUGGCCAUGUGGGCAUCUACGAGCGGUUAAGCAUGUGGUAUCCUACGCACCAGAUCAGCGAUCGGCUCAAACUUAUGCUGAUGACGAUGGUGCACCGAAAGGAUUACAUCUUCUGGAAAAUGCUCGCCAAGAAACGUAUCGUGUGAGCGGCAUUCCGAUUGGAGGAGUAGCAGCUACUCGCACCUACGAGGUGCGUUGAAUUGUACAUUAAUCCUCCCUCUCCUUUUGGCCUUGAUUGUGUGAGACUGUUUCCCUAUUUAAUAUCCCCCCAAAAAAUGCCCUUUCUAAUUUAGCGCCUAUUCGUACUCUAUACUCUGCAGAAUUAGGUUCUGUGACCUUUUUUUAAACUCUACUCUGCUUGAUCAUGAUCCGAUCCAAAACGCCGUAUCCUACUAUCAUCCCCCUCUUCCCUAGUUCUCCACCUCGUGCCUCGUGGAAAGGUGAUCUGGAGUUUGAAAUGAAGAAAUAUA